AUGCAGUCCGGAAUCUCAGUCUCGCAAGAGCUCCACGAUGCCUUCACGGCCUUUGCAUCCGACAACUCGGCAUUUUGCCUCCCCGUGACAAUCACCGGCGAGAGUCUCACGCCGCUCGCAACGCUCCGCUUCUCCGGCGCGGGAGCCUUCUACCCCUCGCUUUCGCAAUUGUCGUCUGUCCUUGAACCCAAGACCCCGAUCUACCUACUUAUCCGACGGCCCGAAACUGGCUCGUCUUCGCUCAUUGCCUUGACUUAUAUCCCCUCCAAUGCGGGCGUGCGUGCAAAGACUCUCUUUGCGGCUACGCGGGCGACCUUGGUCCGGGAGUUAGGAAGUGAGAAGUUCGGGGAGACGGUCUUUGCUACGGAUGAGGAUGAAGUCGUCGGCGAGAAGGCUUGGAAGGAUAGGGAAGCUGAGAAGAAUGGGUCUGCUACGUCUGGUGGAUACCGGCGGGAAGACUUGAUGGGUGAGGAGGAGAGGGAGUUGGAAGCUGUGCGCAGGGCAGAGGAGGUGGCUCGGAGUGGGACGCCUCGGAGGGAUAUUGGAAUUGGGGGUACAUUUGCGAGGGGCCCGUCUAGAAUGCGCAUUGAGAUGCAAGUGGAUGAAGAUGCGAAGAGUGCCUUGCAAAACUUGCAACAAGGUGGUCUAGUACAACUGGCCAUUGACGUUCCGACGGAGACACUUAAACUUUCCGCCGCUGAGUCCGGAAUUGACGCCGAUUCCGUCCAGACGCUCAUCCCUACCUCCUCGCCGAGAUACACAUUCUACCACUAUCCCGACUCCGAUGCAGUAAUCUUCAUCUAUACUUGCCCAACAGGCUCUUCGAUCAAGGAACGUAUGCUGUACGCGAGUUCUCGGAUGCACGGGCUCCAGGUGGCUGAGGAACAGGGUCUCAAGGUCUUAAAGAAGAUCGAGGCCGGCUCGCCCGACGAGGUCUCAGGCGAGAGACUCCAUGAGGAAGUUAAUCCGCCACAGAACGACGGUCUCAGGCGGGGAUUUGCGAAGCCUAGACGACCAGGCAGGUAG